CCUCUCUCCACACGCCCUCCUUUUCCCAUCCUGCUUGAGAAUAAUCACAAACAUCUCGCUCCUCUGAUCGAACCUCUAGUAUCGGUUUCAAGGCCUGGAAUUUAUUUACUGCACUCAGCUUGACCAGCCUGUACAUUCUUCCAUGGACAAACGACGUUCAUCCUUCGUCCACAACCCUCUCCCUCUUGUGACCGAUCGACAGCCACGGUCCAACAUGCCGGACACCGGAGAUGACAACCUGGGCCCUAUGAUGGAUGAUGACUUCAAAGAGAGCGAUACCAGCAAAGGCCUCGAUGGCAUGGGCCCUCAGAGCUCUAUGGGGGCACAGAAUAUUCCAAUAGCCCCUGAUGCUGGGGCAGAAUACGACGCCCCCGACGGCAUGAACCGACAGCUCUUGAGUACGAGCGCUGGAUAUCCAGCCCAGAUGUGUGACGCUGAACCCAUGGAUGCUACACAAGACACCACUGUCCGCGAUUUCUCCAGUGAAGAUGAGAUAAACGAAACGCUCUAUGGCAGGGAUGGGUCAAUGUAGACGGUUUUCCUGUACUGUUCUGGAAAAGUGCUUUCAUCGUGUAGAACAUAACCAUCUCUGUGACUGAAUAUAAUGCGUUGCUGUUUAGAGGG